UUUUUGUUCUAUAAAGCUGUAAUAUAAACACAAUCCUCCCAGAAUCGGUGGACUUUAGGACCUGGAGUAGAUAGAGACGGUCGCGUGAUGGACACGCAGGCAGGCGCGCGAGCGCGACAAAUCUCAGCAGCUCGGACGUGACAUAUACAAUGAGGUCACGUUGAGCCUGCCGUCUCGGGCAUCAUGAGCGGCAAGAGCCUCCUCCUAAAGGUCAUCCUGCUUGGCGAUGGCGGCGUGGGCAAGAGCUCGCUGAUGAACCGCUACGUGAGCGACCGCUUCGACUCGCACUCGUUCCACACCAUCGGUGUGGAAUUCCUGAACCGCGACCUGGAAGUGGACGGGCGUCCGGUCACGCUGCAGAUUUGGGACACUGCGGGCCAAGAGCGCUUCAGGAGCCUACGCACGCCGUUCUACCGCGGCGCUGACUGUUGCUUGCUGACGUUCGCCGUGGACGACGCACAGAGCUUCCACAACCUCGGCGCCUGGAAGCAGGAGUUUGUGCGCUACUCGGACGUGCGCGAGCCCGAGCGCUUCCCGUUCGUCGUGCUCGGAAACAAGGUAGACAAGGCCGAGGACGGCGAACGGCAGGUGCCCGAGGAGGAGGCACGCGCCUGGUGCCAGGAGAACGGCCACUGCCCAUACUUCGAGACCAGCGCAAAAGACGACACCAACGUAAGCGCUGCUUUCGAGGCUGCGGUCCGCGAAGUGUUGGCUUUCGAGGAUCACGUCGACCACACCUUGCUCGGAAGCUCAAUUGACCUGCAUGGCAAUCGCAAGGCACCGCGCUCUUCCUGCUGCUGAGGAGCUCGCUGAGAUUAAAGGCUUCAAAUAGUGUUAACCUUCUAGACGCUCCUCAUCGCUGCCCACUCCAGCAAAGGUCAACGGAAUGAAAAGAGGAGUAGAUGGACUGCACGGAGUCUCGACUGGAGGACUUUCUAGGUUAUUUAGGUACAGAUGUUAAAGAAAUACUCAUAUAGUGUCACUGGUACAGAAUGUUUUGGUCUGCUUCUCUGCCUACAUUUGCAAAAGAGCCAGUGGUAUGAUGGAGAUGGUGAAGGGGUAUCCUCAGUUUAAGGUUAUACUGGGCUUGCAACACCACUACCCAUACAGUGUCAUUGGUAUGGUAUAGUGUGUGUGUGUGUGUGUGUAAGUAUGUGUAAGUAUGUGUAUGAUAUGACAGUGGAACAUCUAAGGAAAAAAGUCUUUGCCGUAUUGCAUUAAUCUUCCGGAUGGUCCUAAUCUCUGCGUACACUCCCAGAAGGACAACGGUACAAUAAGGGUGCAGCACAACCUUGAUCGUGUAUCAUUUCUGGCUUGAUUAGUGAGAGAAAUUACACCCGUAGUGUCGAUGGCAUGCCGUAGUCUCUAAAUGUUUCCUGCCAAAAGCUCUUACGUUGCACUGGGUUUUCUAACAGCCCUGCUUUCUUUUCCUGGAGGUCACGGGUCUCCUACGUGCCUCACGAAGCUCUCACUUCUCGUUUCUCAGCCCGAGUGCGCUUCUGCUUUGUGUUGUGAGGUCAUUACGUUAUAUAGUAACCCAACCACAAGCGUUCCUACUUCUGUGUUUGUAUUGCUUUAUGCUACAUUACGGUUCGUGUAUGUAGAAGUGGAAGACCGUCAACGUUCGAAUUACCCGUCCUUCACGCCAGGCCUUUUUAUUUAUUUAUUUAUUUAUCUAUCCUAAAAAGUACGAACGUUAUGGUACUCUUCGUUCGGAACGAUGUUCGUUUUAAGGUCGGACACCGGAGAGCGGUCGUGUCUGCGAGGUGAAGCACGUUCCAGCUCUCCGUCACGCUGAAAAUAAGGGCUGUCUCGCUUCUACAGCGCAUUCACGUUCAGUCCUUCACCUCAGAGCCUCGUAAAGCGUGAGGAGUCGGUCUUAAAUCAGCACUAAUUUGCUUUUGGAGCAGUUUAACCAUCGGGAGCGCUUGUGCUCUGGGUCAGCAGUUUUAUGCUUGUUGUUAUGCUGCCUUUUACUUUUAAACAGUAGAAUAAUUAAAUAUCUUUUUGCUAAUCUGAAUGUGAAAAAAUACAACCAACCAAAGCACAUUUGCCCUGGCGUCUCGAUUUGAACUUUUCGAAAGGUACUUGUGCACAGUCCUGUCUUUUCAGGUAUAUUUGGUACACAGGAUUUUGAUAUUGUUGAGGUGUGUAACAUUUUAUUUCCUCCCUUCCUUCCAGCCCGUAUUAGUUAUUGAUCACUCUUUCCUCUGAGUAAACCAGACCUGAUCAAGAUUUUGAUAUCUGCUAUUGCUGCCUAUAUGUAAUCAACAGAUGUAGCUCAUCGGUCCAUCCGUCCACUCAACGUUUAUUCUCCUAACUUCAGUAUUGCCUUUGCUUGCUCUUGCAUGGAAACCCCAUAAUGCUUUACGCUACUGUCCUGCUAACGGUUUACGUAGCCGGCCUAUACGGGUUACGAAUCUCCGUCCGCUUAUCACAGGUUUUUAAUGAGAAUGGUUCACUGUGAAACUUCCGGCGCUGCGUUUCCUCGUACUGUUUGCUACACAGUAUUUAUUCUCCGUAUUGGAAACUGCCUACAGUUGAUGGCAUUUUAAAUUGAGGUACCUGAAUAAGUUGUGUUCACUGUGACUUGCAUCUUGUUUGAAAUUUAAUUUAAUCUGUUAUAGAUGUUGUUUUGUGUUCUUGGAUGUAUUGAAAUGCGCUUUUGAUUGCUUGAACGAUUCUUGUUUUUAAUUUUUUUAUUUAAUGGCUGUAAUUGAUUUUGUCGUCUGUUAAGCAAGCCCUAGGUUUCUGGUAUGCUGCAAUAAUCCAUGUUUUACUUUUUGUGUGCUGAUAACAUAUAACGUCGUGUUCUGUUCGAGUACCUUGGAAUACCAACUUUACAAUUAUGAAAAAGUAUUGCUUUGUAAAACUGCCACAAAUCCACCGAUUUAUUACUGCAACGAUUAAGCAGUGGCUUUGCAACUAAAAAAAAAAAAAAAAAAGAAACAAGGUAUUUGGUUGAUGUGCUUCAAACUGAGCUGGAACUUGUGUAACGAUGCCUGAGAAUGGGCGUGUAUCUCCUCAACCGUCCGGCCUACUGUCGGGCAUCAUAUACGUCAGUCUCGGCAAUAAAAGGUGGUCAAGGCAGCUUUUGUUUACAAACUAUAUAAACUAAUUCAGUUUGCAAAUAUCCAAUACCAGUGUGAAUAAACCUUACAACUGAC